AUGUAUGUUGUUAAGGUACGGAGCGUUGAUGUGGACUUGGACGAAUUUCAAGGUGAACCCGACUAUGUAGCUGAACGUAAAGCUAAAGAAGCAGCUGAACGUGUCGAAGGACCACUACUGGAUACUAGCCUCUGUUUCAAUGCACUUGGUGGCUUACCUGGAGUUUAUGUGAAAUGGUUUCUGAAGAAAUUGGGACCUUCUGGAUUGCACCAAAUGUUAGACAUAGGUGGACGCGUCGAAAUCUCUGAGUUUCGAGCGCAGGAAUACCGAAAAGCUGUUUCUGCAGCCGUAGAGGGUAGCAGGUGA